AUGUCUACCCUCGUACUUGAUUCGAGGGCUAUUGUCGAAGCUUUAUCUUGGUUAAAAGUGGGCAUCAGCGUUGAGGAUAUCGUUCAUCCUUCAGCUGACCGUGUGCAGACUGUCUAUCGCGCAUUCUGUACGGAAGUUCUUGGUGUACCUGAGAAGUCUUUAUCUGAGCUACCAUUCGAGUGCCAGUUCACUCCUGAUAUGAUAGAUAUGCAUCAGAAAAGCGAGCCGCUCCUCCUUCUGUUUACUACCAUGCGAUGUUUUGUUAUGGAUUUCGGUGAUGUCAACUCGGACUUGACUAUGUGCGACCUCAUCAAUCCACACCCGAAAAGGACUCGGAAACUAUUCUCGCUGAUAGCAGAUUAUACAAACUUCUAUCGGGUAGCAGCACAAGUGUUUGAAAAGACUAGCAGCGAGUACGAUCAUGCUAGGAUAGCUAUAGAAGAGGGUCUAGAAAAAGUUCGCAUAGCAGAGGAGAGGAAAAAUACUCUACGAAGUGACCGUGAAAGUCGCAAAAGAAAAGAGAACGGGCUCCUGGCCGAGAGUGGCAAGAAGAACACUAUCCUCACUGAAUUGAUGAAAGAGACUCAAGCGACUGAGUGUAGAAGGGAUGGAAUCAUAAAGGCGAUCGAAGACGGGAAGGAAGUAAUCGUCAAAACUCUCGCGGAAAUAGAGGCACUCGAGAACGAGAUUCAGCAUCUUUCAAAGGGGGUCGUGAAAUCUCCUGUUCGAGUUCGUAAUGAUGUCGACGAACAGCGAUCCCUUAUCAGGCGUCUUCAGGAAAGCUGUGAUGCUGAAAGACAGCGAAUUCAUAACAAUAAUGAGAGUGUGUCAGUGAUCGAACAGGUGUCCAAGCUGCUUGGCGAGCGUCUGAAAGAGCUUGAACGUCUUCGCGACGCCCAGGUUCAACUUAACCUACUGCACCAUGAACGUAUCAAUUCUGAGGCACAGGUUGCCGAAGCUAGCAAAUAUAAGACACAAAGGGAGGAGGCAUUAAAUAGAUUGGUGAAGUUGGGUGAGGAGGAAGAGAAAAGUCACAGACGUGCUUUGGAAGUGUUUAGUACACGGCUGCAAGACUUGAGGAUGAAGAAGGAGGAACUCAUAGAUAUCAUGGACAAUUUGCGGAAAGUUGCUCCUACAAUUCGGGAUGAGUCAGUCCAGCUACGCAGUGAAAUGGUUCGACUGCGUAACGAAAGAACAGAGGAGACAGAGCUUGCACGUAGAUAUUGUUUGGAACUCCGAAGUCGAUUUUUCGAUUUAUUGGAAAAGGCUAGUUUUACAUUGUUUUUU